CUUCAUAAAUGGUUGCCUCAAAGAACGUGUUGAUAUAAUUUUAUGGCAGGUAAUUAAUGUCCACAAAUAAUAACCGAGUAUCAUUUCCUGUGAUGUCAUUGUUCGAAAGUUGAGAAACAAUUUCAUGUAAAUAUAAGCCUCUCAGUCGAUCUCUCCAGUGUCGUGUGUAUGUCAUACACUGACAGUUGAUAUUAUUGCUUGACAUAAUAAAAUGUUUUGUCAUUGAGAAUGCAUGAUAUCCAAAUUUUCCUAUGAUCAAGAGUACAAUCGUAAUAACAUUAUGGCAACUGAACGUGAACAAGUAGGAGAUUGCCCCGAUGAUUUGGAAUAUGUGGAGGAAGAGGAAACCUUGCAAGAUAUUGCUGAAAAACUCUUGCAGAAAUCCGAUGUUCUAGAACAACUUCAAAACGAGAGAAACGUAGAAAUACUUACCGUGCUUCCUCACAGCAUCAAACGAAGAAUCAAGGCUUUGAAGAAGAUCCAACUAGAGGUUACUAACAUUGAAGCACAAUUCUUCAAAGAUGUACACGCUCUGGAGUGUACAUACCACAAACUCUACGAGCCACUCUUCGAAAAACGCAGCAUCAUUGUAAACGGUAGCUAUGAGCCUAUUGAAGAAGAAUGCCAAUGGCCUUCAGAUGAAGAGGACUUACCUGAGGCUCUAAAAGAGAAAAUGAAGAUCGUGGAUUAUCCUGAAAAUGAGACGGAGGACCAGAAAGGUAUUCCUGAAUUUUGGCUAACAAUUUUCAAAAAUGUAAGUCUACUGUCAGAGAUGGUGAAACCACAUGAUGUGCCAAUACUCACACACCUAACGGAUAUCAGAGUCGUAUGCAAAGAAGAUCCCAUGGGAUUCCUGCUUGAAUUCCAUUUUAGCCCUAACCAAUUCUUCACCAAUUCCAUCCUCAUCAAGGAGUAUGAGAUGAAGUGUUCUCCAGACUAUGAAGAUCCUUUCGGCUUCGAAGGUCCUGAAAUCUACAAAUGUUCGGGCUGUGAAAUCAACUGGAAUAAGGGGAAGAACGUCACGUUGAAGACUGUCAAGAAGAAGCAGAAGCACAAGAGCACAGGGGUGGUGCGUACAGUAACAAAAACGGUGCAGAACGAUUCGUUCUUCAAUUUCUUCAACCCACCAAAUAUUCCAGAAGAAACUAAGGAUGAAGAUGUCGAUGAAGAUCUGAGGUGUUUACUCGUUAGCGAUUUCGAGAUCGGGCAUUACAUUCGCGAGAGGGUUAUACCACGAGCUGUGCUUUAUUUUACUGGUGAAGCUAUUGAAGAUGAAGAGGAUUCCGAGGAAGAGGAGGAAGAUGAUGACGAUGACCAAGAGGAUUCUGAUGAGAAGGAGACUACGCCGAAGAAUAUUGAAGAUUGUGACUGCGAAAAACAGUGACAUAUAACUGUGCGUCAAGUUGUUUGGUACAUUCGUUCAUUUUGUUCCUCUACCUUGCUUAAAAAUUUUCUACACGAUGUUGAGUUUCGUCAUUUAUUGAAUUUCAUGGGAUUUUUGCCUUCCUGUGCAUGGUAUACAGGGUGUUUCAGUUUUUUGUAGCAGGACUUCAACAGCUUGAAGAAGACAUUUUUUCAAGAUAAAAAUCUCAAACAAACAUAUAUGCGUGGGAGCUUCGUUUCCGAUUUACAGGGUGUCAAAGUUUCAGAUUUUUUUUAUGUAUUUUGAAUUUUCUCCUACAACUUUCGGAAUGAUUGAUUGAAAUUUGGA